AUGAAGAUGACUUAGAGUAGCAUGAACCUCUCAUAAUGUGAAAUGAAUGUUUAAAUUCACGCAGAAUUGGAGAAUCGUUCAAUUUUCCUUGGUGGAUUAAACAUGAUGAUUAGACUGAGAAAAAGUUUAGUUGGCUCAUUUUUUAUAUACAAGGAGAGAAUAAACAUACCCCAACUAGUAGGAGUAAUGAUGAUUAUUGCUUCUAUUUGCAUUGUAAGUUUGUUCAAAGUCUAACAUCCUCAUGCAAUACUCUCCUAAGAAGAGGAAAAUAGAGAAAUGUACAAAUUAUUAGCAAUUUUAGCAGGACUUAUUGCUUCAUUUUUAUUUGGGUUGUAAAUAAUGUUUAUUAAAAGCUUGGCUAAAUUUGGUAUUAGUGGAUUUUAAGCAGCACUUUACUAUAUCUUUUUUGGAGGGGUAGUUGGUGUUUCUUGUUUAAUAAUUGCUUUGUUAGUUGAUAUAAGCUAAUUUAAUAAUGUCCAAUAAAGAGAUAUUGGUUAUUGCGUAUUAAUCGGGUUUUGCAUUUGUUUGGGUCAGAUUUGCAUUAAUACUGCAGUUUAGAUAGGUAAUUCAGGUAUCAGUGUUGCUAUAAUGCACACAAAGACUAUUGGAGUGACACUUUUCAGUUAUUUUAUCUUUCAUUAGGACAUUACUUCUGUUUAAUUUGCAGGAAUUCUUAUAGCAUUUGUCGGUGCAGUGAUUAUUGCUCUUGAAAGAAAGUUAGAUUGUUUUAGCUAAAAAGAAUAAAUACAGUGA